CUGAACAAAACGCGCGAACUGAACCAGAUACCAACAAAGGCUCGCAGUCCUAAUUCUAAAUAUUAAAAUCCUGUAGUAUCAUAAUUUUGAUAGCCUCGAAACAAUUGUUAACAAAGCGUCGUGCAAUUUUGCAAAAAUUUGGCGUAUCUGAAGCAAACAGGUGAAUCGGAGAACAUGAACCAUAGCGCCCAACUUCCAACGAGUCUAGCAAUGGAGUACGAACUAAUGGUCCCCACUUCCGAUGAAAAAGAUUUCUGUCAUUUCUGUUUUGGUGCCACAAAUGUGCAUCUCAUGUUUCCGUUUGUCCGACCGAAUAUGUUGACUACUAUCGAUAACAUAAUCGGAAUCAGUAUUACCCCGGAAGCACAAAAAACGUUCAGCUUGUGCGGAGAAUGUAUCUCAAAUUUGGACAUGGUUAUCACAUUCCGAAACAAAUGUCGCUCACACUACGAAAAGUUGCGUGAAAUGAAAAUCAUGAACCAAGCUGUGAAAAGAAUGUUCCCUACGCUAUGGGACAACAUGAAUCAAUCUUCAACGUUUGAUACAUCGGUUGCUGAUACGAGCAUCAAUGUUGGUGAAGGGGAUCCAAACGUGACUUUAGUAAAAACCACUCCUAAAAAUGCCCGAGCUGAAAACGACGACUGCAACGAAAGUGGCCCUAAAAGGAGUCGUGCUCAGGCGCUGGACUUCGAUCCUGAAACAUCGACUAAAACGACUAGCAUUAAAAACGGAACAAACCACAAAGCUAAAUUCCAUCAUAUCCGGGAGAUCAUGAAUCGUUUUCGGAAUAAACGAUUACAGAGCAAUGAUGUAAGGAACGGAUCAGGGAACGCGAAUGAUGCGCCGUUGAAUGGGCCAUGUGAAACAUCAAACAAGGCUGUUUCCAUCGAGUGUCAGUCGAAUUUGAGUAGAGCGUCGUUAAAUGAGCCAUGCCCAACACCCAACAAAGUGGUAACCGUAGUGCAUCAGCUGAAUUUAGAUAAUGUACCGUUCAACGCACCGAAUAAAACGCCAUACAAAACAACUAGCAAGACGGCAACCAGGAUUUUCACAACCCAAGACAGCAGCAAUCAAAGAUCACCAAGGAAGCAACCCGUAUUGGGGCAUCGCCCAAAUACAGCGUUGAACGGAUUGAAUGGAAACACUUCAAAAAACCAAACAAUAUUGUGCUCACCCUGUGUGGUUGUACUACAAAAAUUUUCUGUGCACAAAACUGAUUUGUGCAAAUCAUAGUUUAUUAAUUAAAUUGCAAAUUGUGUCAUUAAUUACAUUAUACGAAUAAAGUUCGAACUAACAU